AAAAGUUUUUUUAAAGAAUAAUUCUCUUUUGCAGGAAAAUUUUUGCAGCACAUCCAAGAAAAAACAUCAUGCAACAGAUGCCAUGCAAGUUCGCAUGUUUCUUUAGAGUUGUCAAAAUAAAGGGAGUUACAUUUCAACAGCUGAAUUUCUUCAGGCGAAAAUAUGUAAUGCAGCAUAAGAAAGCACUUUUACAGCAAGCAAAGCUGAAGCCAGCAUCAGCAGUAUCGCCUUGCCUGGAAGGACAGCGUUCAAGUGAAGAGACAAUGAUUGUCCAUGAGAUGAAAUCAAUUUCACCUCUUCUGCCUGCCUUCUCAGAGAAACCAGUGAUGAAUGAAGAAACACUGAAGUUGACGGCAGCUACUACUGUUGCAAAAACUGUGGAAGAAUCAUCAUCAAAAGAAGAAAAAGAUUGGAAAGAAAUAAAAUUAAAUGUGGAUACUUUACCUAACAUUUUGGCUCGUUUGACCAAAAUUAAACUUACAGUCCUGGUUGUAGGUACGGCUUCAGCUGGAUUUGCGCUUGCACCCGUGCCAUUUGACUUAAGCUGCUUCCUAUUGGUCACCCUUGGAACAGGCCUGUCAUCGUGUGCAGCUAAUUCCAUUAAUCAGUUCUUUGAGGUUCCAUUUGAUGCAAAUAUGAACAGGACAAAAAACAGACCUCUAGUACAAGGACAGAUCAGUCCUCUGCUUGCUGUCUCCUUUGGAAUCUGCUGUGCAGUUCCAGCAAUAACCUUGCUGGUCCUUGGAGUAAAUCCUCUUAUUGGUGCCUUAGGAGCCUUCAACAUUUUCCUGUAUUCCUGCUGCUAUACGCCUCUGAAAAGAGUUAGCAUUGUGAAUACAUGGGUAGGAGCUGUGGUUGGUGCCGUUCCUCCGGUUGUGGGUUGGCUAGCAGCAACUGGUAGUCUGGAUGCAGGAUCAUUAGUGCUUGGAGGAAUUCUUUACUCCUGGCAGUUUCCUCAUUUCAAUGCUCUGAGCUGGGGCCUCCGUGAAGAUUACUCCCGAAGUGGCUACUGCAUGAUGUCUGUCACUCACCCUGCAUUGUGCAGGCGAGUGGCUCUGCGUCACUGCUUGGCCUUAAUUGGACUCUCGUCACUGGCUCCUGUCCUUGAUGUGACCACGUGGAUUUUCCCUGUAAUUUCUCUCCCAUUCAACUUAUACAUUUCCUACCUUGGCUUUCGUUUCUACAGAGAUGCAGAUCGUGCCAGCUCGAGGAAGUUGUUUUUGUGCAGCCUCUGGCACUUGCCAGUGCUCAUUUUUCUUAUGUUAGCCUGCAAGAAGUCAUUGGCCCGUGAGGACAAGCCAAAGCAACCUACCACCUGAGAUUACCUCAUGUUGAAAAAGUCAUGUGUUUCAAUAUUAAACAUGGCUUCAGAAGCUUGUCUUCCAAAUGGACAGUUUUGAUUAAUCAUGGCAAAUGGAAGAAGUUGGUGUUGAUACGAUCUGAAUUGUUUCUGUGCAAUAAACACAGUGUUUAUUAUUUUAAAAUUAAAUGAUUUCGUUUAAGGCA